UGUUCCCAGUUCUCGUUCAGCUCCACUUCACAUUGGUUGUUCCCGUCGCAAUGACAAUCUGGUGGCUGACCUUGCUCGGCCUUUGUCUCAAUCUGAGUGUCGGAUCGGCAUUGCAGGUUCCGCAGCACAACUGCGAAAGGUACUUCUCCUACUACAAGGAAAGCACUGGAGCCUAUAUUGGCGUCUUCACGGCCCCCCGCGCUGGAGUCAAUAGCCUGACAUGGGAGGUGAUCUUUAAUGCCCACGGAACGGGUCAGGCAGCAUCUGUCGGAUCUCUCCUGCCAUAUCCCUCUAAGGAUAGCGCCUUCGAAAAUAUACACAAUGGAGAACGUGGCCAGGUAUUUGUGCGCUUUCAAAACUUCGGGGACGAGCUGCCCAAACUUAUCCGGGCGGAAUUCAAUGAUGAGCUUCUGUGCCAAAACGAUGAAUACGAUGCCCCUUCGAGCACAAUGACCCGUCGGCAGUCUAUGUCCACCUCAACGCCCAUUACUCAAAAAGCACCGCCGAGGGAAAUGGCAGUGCCCCAGUCGAGAUAUGUCCCGAAUACGCUCCCUAGUGAACCUAAACCUAAUCCAUUCCUUCCUCAAAAUAUACCGAGGAUUGAGUCCGACUUUGAUGAGUGCGGCGUGGAGGGUUUUGCGCCCCUGCAAAUCGGAGGCGACCUGGUGACCCGGGGUCAGUAUCCCUGGCUGGCGGCCCUCUACGAAGGUAGUUCCACGGCUACCUACAAAUGCGUGGUCUCGGUGAUCUCCAAAAGGACUGUGAUCACGGCGGCCCACUGUAUUUAUGGCAAGGAAGCCAAUAAACUUUGGGUCUAUCUGGGCAGACAUGAUCGCAACGAGAAUCCAGAGAACGGAGCUUCGUUGGUCAGUGUGUCCAGGGUGAUAACUCCUUCCGCCUACGAAGGCAGUCCCGUUCCGGAUGUGGAUGUGGGCCUUCUGGUGCUAAACGCGGCGAUGGUGUACACCAAGUACAUCCAGCCGCUCUGCCUGUGGAGCUCCAAUAUGGGAUUACCACCGAACGAGGGCGAUUCUGGAGCGGUGGCUGGUUGGGGUUACGAUCGAAGUGCCCAGAAGACACGAUUUCCCAAGACGGUGAGUGUACGCCUGGUGCCGAGGGAUCAGUGCCUCAAGGAGAUGAAACGGGCGGAGGACUUCAUCACACGGCGGACAGUCUGUGCUGGGAAUCCGGAAUCUCACGGCCCCUGCUUCGGAGACUCGGGGUCUGCACUGAUGGUCCUGCGAAAUAACCGAUGGUACAUUCGGGGCGUCGUCUCUUUAUCGCCUCGCCAGGGAGAUAUAUGCGACCUUAGCAAGUACGUGAUUUAUUGCGAUGUUGCCAAGCACAUCGACUGGGUUCGUCAAAAUAUGGUGAUAUGAUGUGAGAUCAAUUCGGUGUUCAAAUUUUAAGAAACUAAGUUAAAAGUGGAAAGUGUGUGUGUGAAGAUAGACAAAUUAAAACAUCUCUGUACAAAAUCUAAUAAAAAUCAUACUGUCUAUUAAUUAACAUA